UGAUCUUUUCCCUCUUGCGGUGCCACUGUGUUCAAUGCGUCUCCAAGUGCGCACGACCAGUCUGCAGCAGCGCUCCGCAGACUGCCUGCCAGGCAUCUGGCUGCUCUGUUUAUUUCUGGAGGCGCUGCCUUUCCCUUAAUCAACCGCCAACAGGUGGAUAAGUCGAGUGGGCAAGAACAUCGUUGAAAAAUUACAUCCUGGACACCGAGGGGGAAAUUGCGGAACCAGGUGUAAUUCAGCCUGGAAACUUCGUUGUUGCUUGAUUUCGUCUCCAGGAUUUCUUGCGCGCUUUAAGCAUCUGUUUUGUUUAUCCUCGUGUGGCGACGGGAUAUUUUCCAAAGGAAGAACAGUCUCCCUCAGCGAAGUUCCAAUGCCCAACAUCCCAAAGUGUAAACUCCUCCAGCCUGGCAGCAGCAGUAGCAGUGUUAGCAGGGUGCUGAUAAGCUGAAGCCCGGGGAGAUGUCACAGCUGUACUACCGGCGGACUGACAGCUCCUCAUACCGGGACCGCAUCCCGCUGAGAAUUGUACGGGCCGAGUCGGAGCUGUCGCCCCUGGAGAAGGCCUACCUUGGAGCUGUAGAGAAGGGGGACUAUGCUAGUGUCAAACAGGCUCUCGAGGAGGCAGAGAUCUACUUCAAGAUCAACAUCAACUGCAUCGACCCUCUCGGCCGCACAGCUCUGCUGAUUGCCAUUGAGAACGAGAACCUGGAAAUCAUUGAGCUCUUGCUGAGCUUCAACGUCUACGUCGGCGAUGCCCUGCUGCAUGCAAUCCGUAAGGAAGUGGUGGGGGCUGUGGAGCUGCUGCUAAAUCACAAGAAGCCUAGUGGUGGCAUGCAGGUUCCUCCAAUCUUAUUGGACAAGCAGUUCUCUGACUUCACCCCUGACAUCACUCCCAUCAUCCUCGCUGCACACACCAACAACUAUGAAAUUAUCAAGCUGUUGGUGCAGAAAGGCGUGUCUAUGCCGCAGCCACAUGAGGUGCGCUGUAACUGUGUGGAGUGUGUGUCUAGUUCAGACGUUGACAGCCUGCGGCACUCGCGCUCACGCCUCAACAUCUACAAAGCGCUGUCGAGUCCAUCACUAAUUGCGCUUUCCAGUGAAGACCCCUUCCUCACUGCGUUCAGGCUCAGCUGGGAGCUGCAGGAGCUCAGCAAGGUGGAGAACGAGUUCAAAUCAGAAUACGAGGAGCUGUCUCAGCAGUGCAAACAGUUUGCCAAGGACCUCCUGGACCAAACAAGGAGUUCCAGAGAGCUGGAGAUGAUCCUCAACUACAGAGAUGACAUCAACUUAUUGGAGGAAGAGGGCAACAAUGACCUGGCAAGACUCAAACUAGCUAUCAAGUACCACCAAAAAGAGUUUGUAGCGCAGCCAAACUGCCAGCAGCUGUUGGCGUCCCGCUGGUAUGAUGAGUUCCCCGGCUGGAGACGGCGCCAUUGGGCAGGGAAGUUCUUCACCUGUGUCUUCAUCGGCCUCCUCUACCCCUUGUUUGCUCUGUGCUACCUCAUUGCCCCUAAGAGUCGCUACGGCCUCUUCAUCCGCAAGCCUUUCAUCAAGUUCAUAUGCCACACUGCAUCCUACCUGACCUUUCUCUUCCUGCUACUCCUCGCCUCGCAGCACAUUGUCACCACAGAGCAGGACAGGCAGGACAGGCAAGGCCCCGCACCAACCACUGUGGAGUGGAUGAUCCUGCCCUGGGUGCUGGGAUUCAUCUGGGCAGAGAUCAAGCAGAUGUGGGAUGGUGGUUUCCAAGACUAUGUCCACGAUUGGUGGAACCUGAUGGACUUUGUCAUGAACUCUCUAUACCUUGCCACCAUCUCCCUCAAGAUUGUAGCCUACACUAAGUACAGUGGCAGUAAACCCAGGAACCAGUGGGAGAUGUGGCACCCAACACUAGUAGCUGAGGCAGUGUUUGCCAUAGCCAACAUUUUCAGCUCCCUGCGCCUCAUCUCGCUGUUCACAGCCAACUCUCACCUGGGGCCACUGCAGAUCUCUCUUGGGAGAAUGCUUCUAGAUAUCUUGAAGUUCCUCUUCAUCUAUUGUCUGGUCCUGCUGGCAUUUGCUAAUGGGCUGAACCAGCUGUACUUUUACUAUGAGACCAAGAUGUCAGAUGAGAAGGGCAAAUGCAAGGGCAUCCGAUGUGUGGAGCAGAAUAACGCUUUCUCCACGUUAUUUGAGACCCUGCAGUCUCUCUUCUGGUCUAUUUUUGGUCUGAUCAAUCUGUAUGUGACCAACGUGGACGCAGACCAUCAAUUCACUGAGUUUGUCGGCGCCACCAUGUUCGGCACCUACAACAUCAUCUCACUUGUAGUGCUCCUCAACAUGCUCAUAGCUAUGAUGAACAACUCCUACCAGCACAUUGCUGAUCAUGCAGACAUUGAGUGGAAGUUUGCCAGGACAAAGUUGUGGAUGAGUUACUUUGAAGAAGGGGCCACCCUUCCAGCCCCGUUCAACAUCAUUCCCAGCCCCAAGUCAUUUUGGUACCUCAUGUGCUGGAUUAAGAAGCAAAUCUGCAAGAGGACGAAAUCCAAGCGCCCUGAAACCUUUGGAACACUUGGGAGGCGAGCAGCAGAGAACCUGAGGAUAAACCAUCAGUAUCAGGAGGUACUGAGAAACUUGGUGAAACGUUAUGUGGCUGCCAUGAUCAGAGAUGCCAAGACAGAGGAAGGCCUGACUGAAGAGAACUUUAAGGAGCUGAAACAAGAUAUCUCCAGUUUUCGUUACGAGGUGAUGGGCAUGGUGAAGACAGGAAAGCCUACUCUACAGGGGGAAAGAAAGGCCGGUGGCAGCACAGUGGAGUCCAGUCUUGCUUACCCCAAUGCCUUGCUCAAGGUAUCUCCCUGUCCACCGAGCAGCCAGUUGAAAAGCAAACUUAACCGAUUCAAAAUCACCACAUCCAUCCUCAAGCACUGCAGUUCUACAGCCUCACCCAGGCCACCUGAAGCCUCCAACGGUCUACCUAACGGACUCUUGAACCUGGUCUCUGAUGAGAGCUCUGGUGAAAAGUCAAGCCAGAGAAGAAACUUCCCCAAAGAUUUCACUGACUUUGGCUUGUUCCAGAAACGCCACAGGGGUAGCAACGAAGCCACGUCAGGAGCUGGAGAGAUUUCUAGAAAGAUGUACUCUUUGUCGGAGGAAGCAGGGGAAUCUGUGGGCUCAGAUGGAGAGGAGCAGGACAAAGAGCACACGGCAUGGAGUAAGGAUGAGAAAGGACUCUUGGAGAUGGAAAAGAAGGAAGAGGCUACAGUGAAUGAGGCCCCAAAUGAAAAGAGCAAGCAGGAUGGUGGAGAAAAAGAAACCAAGGACAAAGACAAAGAGUGUGCAUCCUGCAGUGACUCAGUAGCUGAUGAAUGUUUUUCUGGGUCAUCCAGAGAAGACGCGUAAGCUGUGACAAUACAUGAACAUAACUACAGGCCAAGUAAAUGCUGGACUGAGGACAGAGAGAAUGACAAUCAAUGUGAGCUUCAAGUGAGGAUAGCUGUGUCAGAAAUGUAAGUGUUAUUGUUUGUUUUGCAAAGAGUCUAACUUUUCCAGUUAUUACUAAAUUAAUGAUCAGCUUUGAUCUUUGGAGACUCAGGGAGGCCUUUGGUUUAAGUGUUUUUAAUGCUGUUAUAUUAGCAGUGGGGAUGCAGCAAAGGUGAACGGAGCUCUGUGUGAGCAUCACGAGGAUUUAGAUUUUAGGAUAAAAUCACUUCAUUAUCUCCUCCCUACAGACGAUGGGAAAAUAAUUAUUUCCUGAAACUGAUAAUUUCCUCUUUUUUUUAAUCGACGUAUCCAUCGUUCACCAUACUCUCUCCUUCAUCAAUCUUUCUCUACCUCUUUUCCUUUCCUGUUUAACUGUGCACCGCUUAACUCCCUCCCCAUCCUAAUUUCACUAGAGCAAUAGAUGUAUUCUGUGAAUCUCUGCCUUACUCUGUCUGUUUCUGCACUUUACACACUUUACACUGGCAUACAGUAUCUCAAAGAUGUGCAAAGCUCUGAUCAUGCAACAACAAUUCUGUCAAUGUUUUUCUAUGCAAAAACCUGGGAUUGUGAUUCUUGUACAUCGUACAUUUAACACUGACAGUUCAUGACAAGUAUUAUCAUAUGUAAGGUACCAUAGAGCGUGACCGACUGGGAGUCAAAAAUAAUGGGAGACAUACAAUAUGAACACAGCCUAUCAACCAUUUAAAGCUACGUAUUAUUCACGUUUUAUCACUCCUGCAGAAAAUAAACUUGUUAUUUUAAAAGACUUUGCUGUUUUUAAAUGGUACCUUUAGAUGUCAUAUUAGUUUGAAUGAAUGAUGUUAUAGAAAAUAAAACAUAGAUCAAAAAUAAAUGUAAAAAUACACUCUU